AUGUUCUACAUGAAGACUGGUCCGAUGCGAUACUGCGACACGGUGGUUGCCGAAGUGUACCAAACACAGCCGAAGUCAAUAACAUACUCACCUGCCACCUCCACACGUCAAAAUCCCUACAACAUCAACCCAAGCACCGCCAAUGUCCAGAAUCACCUCAAACAUCUCCUCAGCCAAACACAAAUUCAAGCCUUCCAAGAACAAAAAACAGAAAUCCCAGCAAAAACAUCGAAACUCCACCGAAACAGCAUCAACAUUCUCCUCCGAUUCCACAUUCAUCUCCUCAUUCAGCUCAUUCCCAAGACGUCUAAGUGCACGGGUCCGGCGCCGAUGGCGAAGAGCAUCUCAGAGUACACAGAACUCAUCACCCGGCGGAAAUUCGAGGACAGUGUCGAGCAGUCAUAUGCCGUCAUCGGGGUCUGCUACCGGUGA